UGUCAAUCUGCGAGGUGGCGGGCCGCACUUCCGCCUCGGUGUCAGUGGGUCGCGGGUCUGUGGGCGGGGGCGGGACCGGUAGCAAGCUCGGCUAGCGCCAGAGUGACCUGCGUCCAGAUCUCCAGGGUCUGUUGGAUUUUCACCGAGAGAAAGUUUGUGGUGUAAAGUUGCUUACACCGUCGAGGUAGAUGAGAUACGAUGAUUCAGUAGAAGGCCACAGCCGGGGCAGCGCAGGAGCCGGACACUGAAGGAUGAACGGGGAGGAGGAAUUCUUCGAUGCCGUCACAGGCUUUGAUUCUGAUAACUCUUCUGGAGAAUUUUCAGAGGCAAAUCAGAAAGUCACUAGAAAGACUGAGUUGGACACUAGCAAAAGUAACAGAAUUGGGAAAAUUGGGGAGCGACCCCUUCAAGAGAAUGGAAUUCAAAAGCACAGGACGUCCCUGCCUGCACCCAUGUUCACCAGGAGUGACUUCAGCCUGUGGGCGAUUCUGAAGAAAUGUGUCGGCCUGGAACUGUCCAAGAUCACGAUGCCGAUUGCCUUCAAUGAGCCCCUGAGCUUCCUGCAGCGGAUCACGGAGUACAUGGAGCACGUGUACCUGCUGCACAGGGCCUGCCGCCAGCCCCAGCCGUUGGAGAGGAUGCAGUCCGUGGCUGCUUUUGCUGUUUCGGCUGUGGCUUCGCAGUGGGAGCGGACAGGCAAGCCAUUCAACCCGCUCCUGGGAGAGACAUACGAGCUAAUCAGGGAGGACUUAGGAUUCAGAUUCAUCUCAGAGCAAGUCAGCCACCACCCUCCCGUCAGCGCAUUCCACUCUGAAGGCCUCAGCCAGGACUUCCUGUUCCACGGCUCCAUCUACCCAAAGCUGAAGUUCUGGGGCAAGAGCGUCGAGGCGGAGCCACGGGGCACCAUCACACUGGAGCUGCUCAGACACAACGAAGCCUACACCUGGACCAACCCCACCUGCUGUGUGCACAACGUCAUCAUUGGGAAGCUGUGGAUCGAGCAGUACGGGACCGUGGAGAUUUUAAACCACAGGACCGGACAUAAGUGUGUACUUAACUUUAAACCAUGCGGAUUGUUUGGAAAAGAGCUUCAUAAAGUGGAAGGGUACAUUCAAGACAAAAACAAGAAGAAGCUGUUCAUCAUCUAUGGCAAAUGGACGGAAUGCUUGUGGGGUAUAGAUCCUGUUUCCUAUGAAUCCUUCAAGAAGCAAGAGAGGAGAGGCGACCACCUGAGGAAGGCUAAACUGGACGAUGGUGCCGAGAAGGCCAACGGUGACACGGCCGACGACGUGCCUGUGGUGCAGGAGACCGUGCAGGUCAUCCCAGGCAGCAGGCUGCUCUGGAGGAUCAACACCCGGCCUCCCAACUCUGCCCAGAUGUAUAAUUUCACCAGUUUCACCGUGAGCCUCAAUGAGCUGGAGACGGGCAUGGAGAAGACCCUGCCCCCCACGGAUUGCCGCCUGCGCCCCGACAUCCGCGGCAUGGAGAAUGGCAACAUGGACCUGGCCAGCCAGGAGAAGGAGCGUCUGGAGGAGAAGCAGAGAGAAGCCCGGCGGGAGCGGGCCAAGGAGGAGGCUGAGUGGCAGACCAGGUGGUUCUACCCAGGCACCAAUCCCUACACUGGGACUCCUGACUGGCUCUAUGCAGGGGACUAUUUUGAGCGGAAUUUCUCUGACUGCCCUGACAUCUAUUGAGGACUACAAGGGCCCUGGGGCCAAGGCCCAAGAGGCUGGACUCCUUGAGCGGCCAUGCCAACUUUUGUCACGGCAGAAACCUCCUUUCUAAUACCUGUGUUCAUGGAGAUGGCAUUGUCCCUCGUCAAAGGUUGAACUCUUAAUUAACUGUUGAUUGCCAAACACUUUGCUAUUGUGCAGUCUCAUCAUAAAGCUUCACUUGGGAUCAUCGUUUUCA